AUGUCAGAUGAAAUGAGGCGUUUAGUCUCGGCCCGAGUCUGCAGCGGGAAAAGGAAACAAACUGAAUCCCGUGUUAUAAACAGUCGGUCGCCUCGUGUGUGUUUGAUCCAUUCCAUCGGCUCCUCUUUCCUCUGUCACUCGUCCAUUUGGACUCAGUGUCACUGUUGGGGCUGGUGUUUUGUGCUGAAUGUGUGCGAGAGAACAGAGGAGGCCUCUGUGGGGGGCCGGGUCUUUUCUGGGAUCCAGCCCACAGGGGUCCCUCACUUGGGGAACUUCCUGGGGGCUCUGGAGAACUGGGUGUCACUGCAGCAUGAGUUCCCUGUGGUUGUGUUCAGCAUCGUGGACCUUCACUCCAUCACUGUGCCGCAGGAGCCGCAUCAGCUCAGAGCUAACGUCCUGGACAUGGCGGCCAGUCUGCUGGCCUGUGGCAUCGACCCGCACAAGGCCAUCCUCUUCCAGCAGUCCCAGGUGUCUGAACACACAGAGCUGUCCUGGAUCCUGGGCUGUCUGACCAGCAUGCCUCGCUUGCGCCACCUGCCGCAGUGGAAGAUGAAGAGCAAACAGAAGAACGAAGGCAGCGUGGGUCUGUACACGUACCCGGUCCUGCAGGCGGCCGACAUCCUCCUCUACAAGUCCACACACGUCCCGGUGGGAGAGGACCAGCUUCAGCAUCUGGAGCUCGCGCAGGAUUUGGCCCGAAUUUUCAACCACCGCUUUGGAGACCUGUUCCCCGAGCCCCAGACCCUCCUGAGUCAUCUGGUGAGGCAUUAA